CAACCGCACCAUGCAGCCCCGACUACGAAGCCGUCAGUCGGCGAGCCCAUGUAUGGCUCUUACCACGUACUCUUCCCGCUGACCUUCGAUGUUGGCCUUCGCUGGGUCGUGAAAAUCCCCAUCAAUGGCACGGCAAGCAAAUGGGACGAAUUGUCUGCCUCGGCCCUAGCUUCCGAGGCCAACACCAUGCGCCUGCUGAAGCGCGAGACUACCAUUCCUCUGCCCGAUGUCUUAGACUUCUCCUCAACCACACAAAACACUAUCCGAUGCCCUUACAUUAUUAUGUCCUUUAUUUCUGGAACACCUCUGUACGACGUCUGGUUUGGACACCGCCUGAAGGCCACCAGCCCCGCGCACGCCGGACCCGCGCCCUCGAAGGCAUCGCCUCGGCAAUGGUGCAGCUGGACAGGUUCUCAUUUCGAACCGGCGGCUGUCUUCUCUUUGGAAGCGACGGGACCCCAUCGGGGAUCGGGCCGAUGCGACAAGCCGACUACAAGGCCAUGCUUGACCGAUGGUUCGUCCACAAAGAUCCAGACGACGACCCCGUUUACGUCGAGUGUGCGGCAUCCAGCGACCCGAAAGCCUACUUCACUCUCAUGCUCGACAGGUAUCCAGAACAGAACCCGGUUCCCAAGGGUGUUGCGAUGCUCUUGCGCCGGCUGAUCAGCUGGAUCCCCGAGCCCGUUGGUAUGGAUCCCUUCGUUCUUGCACAUCCGGAUUUCGACAUCCAGAACGUGAUCGUGUCCGAAGAGGGCGAGCUGGGUCUCAUCGACUGGGAUGGCGUCGCUGCUGUGCCUCGCAGCCUUGGCAACGAGAGAUAUCCCGGGUGGCUCACGCGCGACUGGGACCCGGCCAUGUACGGAUAUAAAGAAUCCAUGGACCAUGGUCUGGAACCAGAAGGAGUGUGGGGAGAUUCGCCGGAAUGUCUCGCCUACUACCGUGGCGUCUACGAUGGCAUGGUGGCAAGACAUGAUCGUUCGGAGAGGGGACGUGGUGCGGACCCCAACCUCUGCCGAAUGUCUCUCAUUACGGACAACCUAGCCAUUGCGGCGCAUGAUCCUCGGUGCCGAAACGGAAUCAUACGUAAGAUGGUGAACGAAAUAUGGGCUGCGGCGGGACGAGGUGGGGAGCUGGAUUUCAAGGACCUGGCCAUCAUGUUCGCCGAGAGCAACGUGGACGUGGCGGUGAUGGAGACGCUCAGCAAGGGCUUCGACGCUCUGCUGUCCAGAGAAGGUUUAUAGGGGCAGAUGAGCUCCAGAGCGUAGAUAUUGCUGCCCUGCAGUCCGGCCGUCCCCCAGGACUGCUUUACUAACAUACCAGGCGUAGUAGGAACCCCCGGAUCCGGACGUGGCACCUCUUGACCAGUGAGGAAGCGCAAUAGUAGAUUCAAUAGGGA